AUGACAGCACACAAGCACCCGUCCCUCUCUGGCAUUAACGCGACCAUCGCCGACCUUCGAACCUUGAAGAGCACCUUGAGAAACUUGAAGGAACGCUGCGACGAAAUUCCCCAGGAGCUCCAACUUCAACUCGAUGUCAAUGCAGCUGGGCUGAGGAAUCAACAGAUCCAAUUCUACUUGGAUGCAGCCAAGCUCAGCAAGCAACAGCAUCAGCUUAAUCUUGACGCAGCCACCCAGGCGGAAAGAGUGGCGCGCCUCAAUCAACAAUUCUCAUGGAUGAUGCUAGUUUUCGUCUCGCCUAUAGCACUGGCGGCGAACUUCUUCUCCAUGGACUCCAAAGUCAUUCCGUUCGUGAAGCCGAACUUUGGAUCUUUUGCAGCCUUGGUUGUAGCCUUCGCGGGGCUAGGAACUGCCAUCCAGGCGGUUUUGAGCAAGUGGCCCAAAGUCGUUGACCCGGUCCAGAAAUUCUACUCAGAGUUGGUCGAUACCAUGUCACGACUUCCGCGACGAGCCAGGAAUGUGCCUGGUGACGAGGAGGAUGUGAACAGUACAACCCCGUCAUCGAUACCAGGCACCCCGGAAAGUCGGCCGGCAUACAACAAAGCUGAACAAGACGGCGACAGCGGCUCUGAGUGCCCUCGCAGCACCGACCUUCUCUUACGCCCACGCGGGGGUGUUGAUCCUGCCGCGCCUGAUUAG